AUUAUUAAUAACUUUUUAUAUUAUUAUUAAUAUCGGUAUAAUUCUAAUCGUUUGACCAACUUAAUUUAGUAUUAUUCAAAAUUAAUUCCCUCACCAUCUUCCCACUUUCCUUUCUUCAUCUUCUUCAUUAAUUAAUAAAACUUUCCAUUAUAAAAACAUAUCAGUUCCCAAAUCUCAAUACUCACAAAACAAAAAAAAAUUCUCUCUUCUUCUCUAAAUCUCUCAAAAAUCAUCUCUAAUUCUUAGUUCAAUCAAGUAUGGCAGGAACAAGUAAUUAUCCUCCUCAAACUCCGGCGCCUAUGCCAGUACCAAAUCCGGUAGCAAUUAUAAAUCCACAGUUCUGUGCACCGUAUCCCGUUGAUUUAAACGUUGUAAGGAAACUUAUGACUUGGUCUGAAGGUGCGUUCGGAGUUACCGAUGUCAAUGGAAACAUUGUUUUUAAGGUUAAAGGCAAGUUCUUCAGCCUCCGUGAUCGCCGGAUUUUGCUUGAUGCUGCCGGAAACUCUCUCGUCACUUUUCAACAAAAGAUGUUGAGUGCUCAUAGAAGAUGGCAAGUAUACAGAGGAGAAAGCACAGACUCAAAAGAUUUCCUUUUCAGUGUAAAAAAAUCUUCACUUCUUCAAUUCAAAACCAAAUUGGAUGUAUUCUUAGCGCACAACACAUCAGAAGACGUUUGUGAUUUCAGAAUUGAAGGCAGUUGGCUUGAAAGAUCAUGUGUUAUAUAUGCUGGAAAUUCGUCGUCUAUAAUUGCUCAAAUGCACAGGAAACACACUGCUCAAAGUAUACUACUUGGUAAAGACAAUUUUGGUGUCACUGUGUACCCAAACGUGGAUUACGCGUUCAUUGUUGCUCUCGUUGUGAUUCUUGAGGAGAUUAAUGAGGAUCGAUCAGGUUCAGAUUAAGAUAGUUAUCGCGAGCAUUGCCAGGUAGCUUGAUGUGUAUUUUGUUUUGAACCCCGCGUUUAUGGCUAUACUUUUGAGUCUAGUUGAUUGCCAGAUUUGGCUAAUGUUGUAUAAGUGUGUAAUGUUGGUUUGUUUGCAAGCUUGAGCUAUGAACACUGUUAUAGUAUACAAGUUUAUUUUGGUAGCUGUACUGAUGUUCCUUUUCUUCCUCUGUUUCAACUGCAUUUUGGUCGUGCCUCAGUGAUUUUGGUUUCACUGUGUGAACGGAACGUGGAUUACGCCAUUGUUGUUGCUCUGCUUGUGAUUCUGGAAGGAUUCAUCAGGUGAAAGAUCAAGAUUGUAAUCACGAGUCUUGCUAGUAAAUGAUGUAUAUCUUGUUUGAGCUUAGUGUUUUAGCUUUACUUGGGAGUGUUUGAUUGAAAUAUACGCCUAAUAUAGUAUAACUGUAUAAGCUAUAUUGGUCAUACUUUUCAAAAAAUGUUAACAAUACGAGAAUCCGAUAUGUGUGUAAUGCUAUAUUGUUUGGAAGCUUUCAGAUAGAUAAUUAUGAAUUUGAAUUUUAUUUUCUUUUUGCAA